GACAGAAACAGCCAACAGUCACCAGAUUGAGAAAAGUAGAGUGGGUGAAAGGUUUUGGAAAACGAAGAGAUCAUGGGAUGCGGUAGUUCUAGGGUUAAAACUAAUUCAAUGAAGAAGGCAGCAAAAGAGUAUCAUCAAUGCACAGCUGGGACAGCCAUCAAGGCAGCCAUUCUCAUCCAGAGGUGGUACCGCCAGUAUGUAGCCCGGAUGGAGGUUCGCAGGCGGUGCACCUGGACCAUUUUUCAAUCCAUUGAAUAUGCUGGGGAGCAGGACCAGAUCAAGCUCCAUAACUUCUUCAGCUGUUUGAUGGAUCAUUUUACGCCAGCUUGUGUCAAUGAGUACAGAUGAGACAUGUAAGGAUAAUCAGUCUGCCUACGAUACCAUCGAGGUUUCAGACUCUUACAUUGGACCCCAGCUCUGUUUCCCUCUGACACCUGCUCAUGUCACUGAGUUACUGGAAGCCUUCAAAGAAAAACAACAGCGACUUCAUGCUCGCUAUGUAUUGCAACUUUUGAGUGAAACCAGGAAACAUCUGGAGCAUUUGCCAAAUAUCAACCAGAUCUCUACCUGCUACAGUAAAGAGAUUACUAUUUGUGGUGAUUUGCAUGGAAAAUUGGAUGAUUUAUUUUUAAUAUUCUACAAGAAUGGGCUUCCAUCCCCAGAGAAGGUGUAUGUCUUUAAUGGAGACUAUGUUGACAGAGGGAAGCAUUCUAUUGAGAUUCUCCUGAUCUUGUUUGCAUUUCUACUUGUCUACCCAAAAGGAGUCUAUUUAAAUAGAGGAAACCAUGAAGAUCAUAUCGUCAACCUAAGGUAUGGCUUCACAAAGGAAGUGAUGCAAAAAUACCAGGUGCAUGGAAGUAGAAUAUUGAAAUUACUACAGAGCGUGUUCAGUUGGUUGCCAUUAGCCACUGUCAUAGAUGAAAAGGUUUUGAUUAUACAUGGAGGUAUUUCAGAAACAACAGAUUUGGACUUCUUGGGCAAGAUUGACAGACACAAGUACGUUUCAACCUUGAGGCCAUCUGAAAGGAAGAAAAUUGAAUGGAACAAGCAUGUUUCAGAUCAGGAGCAAUACUUUGGUGGGAACAGUGAGCAUCAUGAGAAGUUCAAUCAAACUCCAAGAAAGAAUUUGAUUUCUGAUACCUUUAGCUUUCAUUCUCACACAAACAACAAUCAAAGGAGGAGGGGUUCCAGCACAAUAUAUGUAAAGAAAAAAGAAAUCGCCGAAAGAGUGCAACGCUCAGUUGAAGAGGAAUUAGAAAAAUGCCGUAGACAAGUGGGCUUCAGCAACGUGUAUGAAGAUCCUAAAUCACUGAGUGUGUCAGAUUCAGAUUCAGAUUCUUGUGAAAUCCUUGACUCAGAUGAGCAGGAAAGGAGGCAGAUUGUGGACAUUUUAUGGAGCGACCCGAUGCAUCAGGAAGGCUGCAUUGCAAACUCUGUCAGAGGAGGUGGGUGCUACUUCGGACCUGAUGUGACAGAGAAGAUUCUACGAAAGCACAAUUUGCAGCUCUUGAUCAGAUCCCAUGAGUGUAAGCAAGAGGGUUAUGAGUACUGCCACAACCAAAAGGUCUUGACUAUAUUUUCUGCUUCGAAUUAUUAUGAAAUUGGCAGCAACAGAGGAGCUUAUGUGAAGCUUGGGCCUGACCUCAUUCCCCACUUCGUACAGUAUCAGGUCAAUCAAAGUACUCGCAAGCUAACCUUGAGGCAAAGAGUGAGCAGAAUUGAGAGGUCAGCACUGGGGGCUCUGCGAGAGAAAAUUUUUGCCCACAAAUCGGACCUCAUCAGUGCUUUUGAGCAUUAUGACAAGAAUAAAACAGGUCAAAUUUCCUUGAAUGACUGGGCAAAUGCUCUGGAAUCCAUCUUGGCUCUGGGUCUGCCUUGGCGUGUCUUGCGAUCCCAACUUGUGCCCAGUGCUCCUAAUGGUCUGCUGAAUUUUUACUUAUGGUUUGACGACCUUGUCGUAGAGAAACCCAUUGUACAGCACGUACAACCCAGCUUGCUGGAAAUGCUUUACAAAAGCAGGUCUGAACUGGAAACUAUUUUUCAAAUUAUUGACAGCGACAACUCUGGCCAGAUAUCAUUUGAGGAAUUUCAAAAAACUUGGAAGCUCCUUAGUUCUCACAUUAAGAUUGAGAUAAGCGAUAAAGCGAUCAGUGAUCUGGCUCGCAGCAUGGACUUCAACAAAGAUGGAAACAUCGACAUUAAUGAGUUCCUUGAAGCGUUCCGUCUGGUCGAUAAAUCUAAUUACAAGGAUUGAAUUAAAAACAGAAAUGCUGAAAAUACUAUUUCAGGUCACGGGGCCAUUGGUCACCGACUUCCACAGCUACCUGGACUACAUUCACUGUAUGUCCUUUACAUCUGUUCCGAUGCCACGUUCCAUACCAGUGCUGACAAUUUCUUUCUCGUCAGCCAAGUAGUCUUCUCUAUUGCACGGACUACCCUUACCCUAGUCCUUCCUAUUUUCUGCACAUAUCAUUACACCCAGUUUGUCAUUCCCCACCCACCUUAAAAUCACAAGACUGUCGUCAAAUUACCCUUUAUCUUUUAUGUAUCAUGAAAUACAUAUCCCCUUGUCUUCUUGCAGCCAAAAGGAAACAAUCAAUACACAGGUGAUCUAUUGCUUAAUUACUCCCAAACAAUACAAGCAUGGAGAUACCACAUCUGCUUCUUUAUCUGCUUCCUUUCCACUAUUUGGGGCACCAAAAAUUCCUCCCAGGGAAAACUAUCGUCGAUUCACUGUGUUGCUUCCACUGUUCAUUACGUGGUUUCUUCUACAGAUUUAUCCAUCUCUAUAAUUUUCCAUUCCAUUCUGAGCUCUUACGCUUGCAAUGCUUUCCAAUCAAACUUAAUGAAGCUUGAGAUACAGCAGCUCAUCUUUUGAUUCGGCACUUUGCAAACUUCCACACCCAGCAAUGAGUUCAAGAAUUUCAGAAAUUUCUGCUGUUCCCAUCAGACCCGAGCUUUAUCCCUUUACUUUGAUAAGGGGGAUUAAAUGACAAAACUGCUGGAAGCACUUUCCCUUUUGAUAUUUCCCACCACCCCUCUUUUCCCUGCUUCUUGAAACUGGCUACAUCUCUUAAAUUCUCCUAAUUCUGAUGAAAGGUCAACUAGCCCAAAUAUUAACCCAGUUUCUCUCCAUGGAUGCAGCAGGACCUGCUGCAUAUUUUCAGUGUUUUAUGCUUUUAUUUAAGAUUUCUAGUAUCUGCAGUAUUUUGCUUUUGUACUAUUAAGUCCGUAAUGGACAACUGAGCCGAAUUGAAACAGAACAUUGUCAUAUUGACAUGCAGAUAAAUUUAGAUGAGCGUUAAAAAUAUAAAUCAGCACAUUGAACCCUAAUAGAGAAUGUCAGCCUUGAUCCCACUGCAUAGGUCUUUUUUUCCCCAAUUUAACAUUGUUUAGUUGUACAUUUAUCCAGCUAUGUUUAUAUAAAAAAAAACAUAAAUCGUACACUAAUACUACCUGUGCCUAAAAGGUUUUGCUCAAAUGUGCCAGUGAUUCACUUCUGUAUUAUUGAGAAGUUUCUUUAAUUAAAAACAUAUCAUUGCAAAGACUUGAGAGUCAAAUGCAUGUUGCUCGAAUCCUGUUUGCAUAGGAAACAAAUAGACAAAUGGUACUCCCAAAACUCUCCAUUCAUGCAUCACUAAUGUGAUGAAAAAGGGAAUAGCUGUAUUGAUAAUAUAGAGCGGGUUCCUUAUAUAAAGAUUAAUAAUGUUCACUGUGUAACAUUCAAACAGCUUUGAAAAGUUGUACGUAUCCAUUUGACUUCUCAGACCAACUGUGAGCCUCACUUCAAGCCCCAAGUUAUGAGGCAAGAAGCCUUCCUGAA